UCGAUUGGUAUCUUGAUCUCGUGCGGCGGCCCCGUAUUAGAAAAAUUAAGUAAAAACAUAAUUCAUCAAAAUUUUGUUUGAUGUUUCUUAAAUUUGCCGCUCUAGGCAACUGCCUUCUCUGCCUAUGUGUAAAUGAAGCCCUGAUUGUCAUCAGGUACAAGUUGCUUUCCUAGACCAGUGGUUCUCAAACUUUUUCGUCAGUGGAUCACUUCGGGGGGCCAAAGACUAUGCAGACCACCUACACAUCCUACCCCACCUCACCUGCUUUCGCUUGCCACCACAAAAAACUUAUCAAAAUUAAUGUGAAGAAUAGCGCUGAUGUGACUUGCAUUUUGGACCAACCCGCAGACCACCUGAGGACCCUCUUGAACCACACUUGAGAGCCACUGACCUAGACAUAAUACAAAGCAAAUAAGUCACAUGACUGGAGAUUGCUUAAGACUUAAUAAAGUUCUGGGAAGUUAUUUCAGAUGAGCAUGGGAUUGAUCCAACAGGUACAUACCAUGGUGAUUCAGACUUGCAGCUAGAAAGAAUUAAUGUAUAUUAUAAUGAAGCUACAGGGGGAAAGUAUGUUCCUCGUGCAGUGCUUGUUGAUCUGGAACCAGGGACCAUGGAUUCUGUAAGAUCAGGACCAUUUGGACAACUCUUUCGGCCUGACAGUUUUGUCUUUGGGCAAAGUGGUGCAGGAAACAAUUGGGCAAAAGGCCAUUAUACAGAAGGUGCAGAACUGGUAGACUCUGUGUUGGAUGUGUGCAGGAAAGAGGCUGAGAGCUGUGAUUGUCUCCAAGGCUUCCAAAUGACCCAUUCAUUAGGAGGAGGAACUGGGUCAGGCAUGGGUACACUCUUGAUAUCCAAGAUUCGGGAGGAGUACCCUGACAGAAUCAUGAACACUUUUAGUGUUGUACCAUCUCCAAAGGUUUCGGACACAGUAGUGGAACCAUACAAUGCAACUCUCUCUGUUCAUCAACUUGUAGAAAACACAGAUGAAACUUUCUGCAUUGAUAAUGAAGCCUUGUAUGACAUCUGUUUCCGUACACUGAAACUGACCACUCCAACUUAUGGGGAUCUGAAUCACCUGGUUAGUGCUACUAUGUCUGGUGUCACCACAUGUCUUCGUUUCCCAGGUCAGCUUAAUGCUGAUUUAAGAAAACUUGCGGUGAAUAUGGUACCAUUCCCACGUCUCCACUUCUUCAUGCCAGGAUUUGCUCCUCUAACUUCAAGAGGCAGCCAGCAGUAUCGAGCCCUCACUGUCCCUGAGCUGACACAGCAAAUGUUUGAUGCCAAGAACAUGAUGGCAGCAUGUGAUCCUCGUCAUGGCCGUUACUUAACUGUUGCUGCAAUUUUCAGAGGACGAAUGAGCAUGAAGGAGGUGGAUGAACAGAUGUUGAAUGUACAAAACAAAAAUAGCAGCUACUUUGUAGAAUGGAUCCCUAACAAUGUCAAGACUGCUGUAUGUGACAUUCCUCCUCGAGGUUUAAAGAUGUCUGUUACAUUCAUUGGCAACAGUACUGCAAUCCAAGAACUUUUCAAGAGAAUUUCUGAACAGUUCACAGCCAUGUUUCGUCGUAAAGCUUUUCUUCACUGGUACACUGGUGAAGGCAUGGAUGAAAUGGAGUUCACGGAGGCAGAAUCCAACAUGAAUGACUUAGUGUCAGAAUACCAGCAGUAUCAGGAUGCAAGUGUUGAAGAAGAAGGAGAGUUUGAUGAAGAAGAGGGUGAAGCUGAAAUUGAGGGUUAAAUUUUCCCACUUGAAAGCUGCCAGUAUUAUUCAUUUUGGACACAGUAUUACUUUAUUUUGUUCUUCUUGUUAUCAUUUGUAUUUAUUGUUAGUUGAAAUAGCUUUCAUGCAUUUGUUCAUUUUGUAAGUCACAUCAUCGUCUGAUGCAUUA